UACCUUACGGAGGCGGACUUCCUCCGAAAUUUCAUCUCGUAAUCCGGUCCCUCCCAGCGAACGAAAUGGCGACCCCCAAACUGACCGGGAUCGGCGUACUCUCCGGACAGAUCCCAACCUGGCCAAAAUACUGGAUAAGAAAAAUAGGUCAAGGGCGCUGGCAGCUAGACAUGCAAGUUGGACAGAUAUAGUUAAACGUGUCACUGCCAGAAAAAUCGGACAUCGUUUUAAGAAGGCUUUAGACGACAGUGUUGAGUCGACAUUCAGCCGUCCAAAAAUGGACCAUAAAGCUCAUGCAGAGGAACAUGAAAAACGGAAAAAAACUCCAAAGUUAAAAAACAUGGGGAAGGAAGAUCGGUUGUCCUACUUCAAGUACUACGCUAACUCCCGGCUACGGUACAAAUCUCGCACCAUGAUUGGGGCUACCGGAAGUCGACACAUGUCGCAGCGCCGCCGUGCGUCCCUCGCUGCCUCGGCUACCUCGCCGUCCAUGUUUUCACCUCUAGAACAACUGUCAGAAAGGGACGAGUACUCGCCGAGGCGUCCGCCGAUGAGACGCCGGGCCGUAGACACGUCCGAUUACCGGACAUGCGCAAUUCUACAGACACGGUUAAAGGAAGUGAAACACUACCCAGAAAUGGCGAACUUCCAGGUUAGCAACCAGGACGACGAUUUCAAUGGGCCUUAUGACGGUUCGUUACGUCAUUGUGCCAAAAAGGCAGCGAAUCUCAGUCUUCCGGGAGCAAGUGGCGCCACCACGCGGUCACUUUUCAUCUUUAGUGAGGAGAAUUUCAUCCGCAAGUAUGCAAAGAUUAUCAUCGAAUGGGGGCCAUUUGAGUACAUGGUUCUCCUGACAAUCAUCGCCAACUGCAUCGUACUCGCACUGGAGGAACAUCUCCCAGACGACGACAGAACGCCUCUGGCUUUACAGCUGGAAGCGACUGAGAUGUACUUCCUAGGGAUAUUUUGUGUAGAAGCGCUGUUGAAAAUAGUUGCUUUGGGCUUUUGUUUACAUCGUGGGUCGUAUCUACGCAACGUCUGGAACAUCAUGGAUUUCGUAGUCGUAGUAACAGGGUUGUUAGACUACAGUAAAAUUAUGCCCUCCUCUCAGGGGGCUGGAAGUAUUCUAAGGGUCUUGCGUCCCCUGAAACUUGUGACAGGCAUCGAGAGUCUUCAGGUGGUUUUAAAAUCCAUCAUCCGAGCAAUGGCACCCCUUCUGCAGGUGUGUCUACUGGUGCUGUUUGCGAUCACCAUCUUUGCCAUUGUAGGAUUAGAGUUUUACGUUGGUAUUUUCCAUCGUGCCUGCUUCCGUGUCAAUUCUUCUGCCAGUAACAGUGAAGACGACAUUGUGAUAGGAGAUGAAGCAAACAUUCGACCCUGUUACGACAAAUCAGGGGCGGCAAUGAACUUUGGGGGAUUUAGGUGUCAGGAUCAUGUGUCUGUUUGUCGAAGUUUCUGGAAGGGACCAAACUAUGGAAUAACUAGUUUUGACAACAUCGGUUACGCCAUGUUAACAGUGUUCCAGUGUGUUACCAUGGAGGGAUGGUCAACAGUGUUAUAUUAUACAAACGAUGCCUUUGGGCCUUUUUUCAAUUGGAUCUAUUUCUAUCCGCUCAUCAUCUUAGGAUCAUUUUUCAUGCUCAAUUUAGUUUUAGGAGUUCUCAGUGGUGAAUUUGCCAAAGAAAGAGAGAGAGUUGAAAACCGCCGUGCUUUCUUCAAAUUACGCAGACAUCAACAAAUACAGAGGGAGCUAGAGGGAUACCUAAAUUGGAUAUUGAAAGCAGAGGAGGAAGAAGUAAUACUUAAUGAAGAAAGGACGACAGAUGAAGAUAAACUUAGAAUUAUGGAAGCCAGAAGACAGGCAGCAGUGAGAAAAGUGAAACAAAUCAAGGAAGGACGAGAUACAAGUGACGAAAAUAACGAGGACAAUGACGAUGAUUUAUUAUCAGAAAUAAAUAUACAUUCAAACUCUUUAGGAGGGAGGACAUUAGCUAGUAGAAGAGCAUCCGUAGGCAGAUUUUCAUCAUUUUGGCGUGCAGAAAAAAGAUUCAGAAUUUCAACACGUCAUUUAGUGAAGAGCCAGCCAUUUUACUGGUCGGUGAUUGUGCUAGUUUUUCUCAACACUGUCUGUACAGCAUCAGAGCAUUAUGGCCAGGCUGAAUGGCACACACUAUUUUUAUAUGUGACAGAAUUUGUAUUCCUAGCUUUUUUCUUGAUGGAGAUGAUCCUGAAAAUGUACGGUCUCGGCAUCAGAAUUUAUCUCCAAUCCUCGUUCAAUAUAUUUGAUUGUAUUGUCAUCGUGGGAAGCAUCUUUGAAGUGAUCUGGUCUGAAUAUAAAGAUGGUGCUUCCUUUGGUAUAAGUACCCUCAGAGCUUUGAGACUUCUUAGAAUAUUCAAAGUUACCAGGUAUUGGGCCUCCCUGCGGAACCUGGUUGUGUCCCUGUUAAGCAGUAUGCGGUCCAUCGUCAGUCUGUUGUUCCUACUCUUCCUUUUCAUUCUCAUCUUUGCCCUCCUCGGCAUGCAGCUGUUUGGAGGAGAAAUGAACUUUGAAGACGGUCGACCGGCUAGCCACUUUGAUACUUUCCCUAGAGCUCUACUGACAGUAUUCCAGAUCCUGACGGGUGAGGAUUGGAAUGAGGUCAUGUACAGUGGAAUCAGGGCGGGCGGCGGGAUUGAGGGUCACGGCAUGAUCUACUCUCUGUACUUCAUCAUCCUGGUCGUGUUUGGCAACUACACACUUCUGAAUGUGUUCUUGGCUAUCGCCGUCGACAACUUGGCCAACGCACAAGAACUGACCGCUGCAGAGGAGGAAGAAGAUGGACAGAAGAUUGCGCGUCAAAAUGAACUGAAAAAGGAAAUGGAAGAAAAGUUCACAGAUCAGCGGAUGCUUGAGGAGCAGAAUCGUGAAGCUUUAGCACUGACCGAUACUGGCAUCCCUCCACAGGUCAAUAUAUGUCCACCCUCCCCCGCAAACAAUGAAGACCCAAAAACUGGAAACUUUCCGUAUAUAUGUUUCAGUAACGCCGGCAGUCAGAUGGAUCGAAACCUCAGCCAAAAUAAUCUCAAGAAUAACCGUGACAAAAAUUUAGCUCUGGAAAUGGACAACAAAGCUAACAUCCAUACUGAUCUUGACAACAUCACAUUGUCCGAUUCAGCACGGAAAAAGAAAGAAAUGGACAUGAAAAAAGGAGGAAGUAAUGAUAGUAGUGUGGACGUUCCGGAAGCUGCCACUGGGCAGCAGGAGGAGAACUCAUUUGGUGGUCCUAAACCAAUGUUACCGUACAGCUCCAUGUUCAUCUUCGGUCCAACAAACCCAAUUCGCCGAUUCUGUCAUUUUGUGGUGAAUCUCCGUUACUUUGACUUGUUUAUCAUGAUUGUGAUAAGUGCCAGUAGUAUUGCCUUGGCUACAGAGGAUCCCGUGAGAGAGAAGUCGACCCACAACAGCAUCCUGGAAUACUUCGAUUAUGUUUUUACAGCCGUAUUCACCAUAGAAAUGAUCCUAAAGGUGAUAGAUCUGGGAGUGAUCCUACAUCCGGGUUCCUACUGUAGAGAUCUGUGGAACAUCCUCGAUGCAGCUGUGGUUAUAUGUGCCCUCGUUGCCUUCAAUUUUUCUAAUGCAAACCCACUUAGAGGAACUCUUUUGCCUACUUUACCAAGUGAUGGUGCGAGUAAAAACCUUAAUACCAUCAAAUCUCUGAGGGUGCUCCGAGUGCUUCGUCCUCUCAAAACUAUCAACAGGGUUCCGAAGCUGAAGGCCGUGUUCGACUGCGUGGUGAAUUCCUUGAAGAACGUGUCAAACAUUCUUAUCGUGUACAUGCUAUUCCAGUUCAUCUUUGCCGUCAUAGCAGUUCAGUUGUUCAAGGGAAAAUUCUUCUUCUGUACCGACGAGUCUAAGGAAACUAAAAAAGAAUGCCAAGGUCAAUACUUCUCUUAUGAGGAAGGUGCUGAUUCACCCGUAGUCAAAGAUCGGGAGUGGCGACGCCAAGACUUCCACUAUGACAACAUAGUGUUUGCGAUGUUGACGCUAUUCACCGUUACUACAGGGGAAGGCUGGCCCGAUGUGCUAAAGAACUCAAUGGACUCGACAGUUGAGGACAGAGGGCCAAAGCCUGGCUACCGUAUGGAGAUGGCCAUCUUCUAUGUGUUUUUCUUCGUUGUCUUUCCAUUCUUCUUUGUGAACAUAUUUGUGGCCUUAAUCAUCAUUACAUUCCAAGAGCAGGGAGAAAGUGACCUCGGAGACCAGGACCUGGACAAAAAUCAGAAACAAUGCAUAGACUACGCAAUUAAUGCGCGCCCAACCAGUCGCUAUAUGCCUCAGAAGGGGACGGCCAAAUAUCGAGUCUGGCGCCUGGUCGUCUCCCAAAAAUUUGAAUAUUUUGUCAUGACACUUAUCACACUAAAUACAAUAGUUCUGAUGAUGAAGUUCACUAACCAAAGCCAAUUUGAUGGUACACAGGGAAACGAUGUUGAUUUAACAGCGGCUUCAACUCAAUACGAAAGGGUUCUAAUAUCAAUAAAUAUCGUAUUCACGGUUCUUUUCACCGUCGAGUGUGUCCUCAAGAUACUAGCGUUUGGAGUAAAGAACUACUUCCGCGAUCCCUGGAAUGUAUUCGACUUUGUGACGGUCAUAGGAAGUAUCAUUGACGUGCUUGUCAGUGAAUUUGGGACGAUAAUGGCGCAGUUUAGCGCACCAACUCCGGGCUCUGAAAAUGAGGAGUCGUACGUAGGAUUCAACGUGGGAGUGUUUCGACUGUUCCGAGCGGCUCGAUUGAUCAAGUUAUUGAGACAGGGAUAUACAAUACGUCUGCUCUUGUGGACUUUCCUUCAGUCCUUCAAGGCGUUGCCUUAUGUGUGUCUACUGAUCCUGAUGCUGUUCUUCAUCUAUGCCAUUAUUGGAAUGCAGGUUUUUGGGAACAUCAAAUUAGACUCCAAAACAUCUAUAACAAGACAUAACAACUUCCGUAAUUUUGCUCAAGGCCUCAUGCUAUUGUUCAGAUGUGCCACUGGGGAAAGUUGGCAGCAGAUAAUGCUGUCGUGUUUGAGUGGUCAAACAUGUGAUCCCGAGUCCGGCAGUAAAAAGAAGACGUGUGGCCUGGACUUCGCAUACAUCUACUUCGUGUCAUUCAUUUUCUUUUGUUCAUUUCUAAUGUUAAACUUGUUUGUGGCCGUCAUCAUGGACAAUUUUGACUACCUAACUAGGGACAGCUCCAUAUUGGGGCCACAUCAUUUAGACGAGUACUCCCGGGUGUGGGCUGACUACGAUCCGGCAGCUACAGGUAGAAUACACUAUACGGACAUGUAUGAGAUGUUGAAGAACAUGGAACCGCCGGUCGGGUUCGGUAAAAAAUGUCCAAACAAGUUUGCGUAUCGGAAAUUGAUACGAAUGAACAUGCCAGUUGCCCAGGACGGAAAGGUCAACUUCACGACGACCCUUUUUGCCCUUAUAAGGGAAUCUCUUGGGAUAAAAAUGGCACCAGUUGAGCUAAUGGACAAGAAGGACGAAGAGAUGAGAGACAUCGUAAGAAGGUUAUGGCCGGUCCAAGCCCGUAAAAUGGUCAAUCGUCUCGUUCCAGGCAACAAUGAUCUAACCUAUGGAAAGUUAACAGUCGGGAAAAUCUAUGUAGGCCUUUUGAUAUUAGAUAAUUGGAGGGCUUACAAAUCAAGUCAGACCAAGUUUGACAGUAUGAAAAUGGAGGAUAGUAAGGAAGAGCGUCACCCGUGCUUUUUCCAGAGACUGAUGGGGGUGCUGAGGACGCCGUCGGCUCGGUCAAGCCAAAGUCUGGACCAGGACUCCGACCAUUCACCGGACGAUGACAUGGACGGAGGUCACAGUAUUGACAAACACCCUUGGCAACGAUCUCUGAGUUUUUUGCGGCGUGGUAGUAAACGGAAAAAAGACCACCAGCAAGGUGAUGCGUGCAGUUUGCGGGGCCAAGGGUACCGUCCCGAAUACGGUGGGUACGUAAACUCCUCAUUCUCGUGCGAGGAGGAAGACGAAAAACUUUCCUCUGUUUCAUCGCCUGCUAAUGUUAGGGUAGUCAUCCCUCACAAGAGAGUUGUAUACCUCCGACAGUCUAUGGAGCGCCAAGACUUUUCCCGAGGUCUGAAGCCUGAACACGCAGGUCACGUAUCCAUGUCCAGAACGAACUCGGACCAGUCCAUCAGGGGCGGGAGUAAAUCGCCCUCCCUACCAGGUACACCGGUGUCCCCAAGGUCCCCAUUGAUGCCACACCGUAGUCCAUUUGGAUCCCCAGUCGGUAGUCCGUACAUGGGUCGCCGAUCACCAUCGCCUCGAAGAGUGGAUUUGGGAUUUGCUUCAGCGGUAACGAACAUCUGUGAACAAGCUCAUAGCAUAGCGGAACAGGAUCGCAGAUCAAAACAUUACAGAAAUAGGGAUUAUGAAGGUAUCCUUUUGGACGAGACCCUUAGUUUGCCGAACUCGCCACAAAUGAGGGGGAGAAGUAAAACCCGUCCUCCUCUUACCAUGCAGUCAAAUGUGAUUGGUUCACCAGCACCAAGUCCACAGCCACUACGGAAACGGGAUACGACUUUUUACAGAUCAACAUCGUUAGAAACCAGGUCUAGAAGUCCAUCCCCUACUACCACCCCUUCCCAGACUCCUCAGCAGGAGUACUACGGGACUGCCAAUUUGACGGACCGGUCCCGUAGUCCAAGUCCUGCUGUCACAUCACCACCAAAGAAACCAGGCCGGAAACUUCCAUCAAUUCCACCCAAGCCUUCUUCUUUGAAUCUUGCUCAACCAAAAUUAAAAGACAACAUGCCACGAGUCAUGCCAUCGCCCACUAUCCCCCAGCCCCCAAAAUCCCCUGGAAGCAUAAACUUUCCAAAACUUAAUAAGUCCCCCACACAUGUGCCGAAACAAAAUGUCCCCCUGACUUCACGCCCAAUUGUUCCGCCUGGACGUAUGGGAAGGCCGGAACCUACCAGUCCCACGGAGAGAAAUAAUUUGAAUAAAAUCAGUGGUCACUCACGAACUUUGCCAUCCCACAGUGGUAGGACUAGUAGUCAUGACCCCCAUAUGGGACACGACCGAUCACAUGACAGGUCACAUGACAGGUCACAUGAACGAUUACAUGACCGAUCACAUGAUCGAUCUCAUGAUCAUCGUUACCGAACCAGUAGUCACUCGCCGGAUAUUAGCCGGAAUAGUAAUAAUGAACAAACCAAAUUUUUAGCAAGCCAUUUUGACGAGCAGGCCUCACAAAAUAUAGGUCAUGAACAUGGCGGCCGCGGAAGACCUAGAAAUGCGUCAACAUUACCCAACGGAUUCAAACCCAAAGGACAUAAAAAGAAACCAGAAAAACUAGAAAUGAGAAGCGACAGUAAUAUUCCGCUACGCAAUGACUCGGAUGAUGAGUCAGAUUGGUGUUAGCAUUCUGUGAAGAAUUUUUCUUCUGUCUUUUUUUUUUUGUCUCUCAUUAUAAUAAUAUAUCCACUGCAAUGCUCUGAAAUAAUCCAUUCUUAGUCUGUUUUGUUAUUGAUUGUGAUAUUGUGAUGUUUUUAAAGUUAUCAAGAUAACUACUGUUAUUGGUAUCAUUGAGCACACGUUUUCAUUUUUAGAUUUGUUCUAAUAUAUAUACUCAGGAAUCGUUUUGUUUUCUCUCAUUAUCAAAAGGUAGUUAUCGUAAGAUAGAAUUUAGUUAUACCUUAUUUCUAUAAAAGAGUUGGCAUGUCAUUUAAGACCUGCUAAGACAGUUUCAGCCAGAUGAGGAUGGUAAAUAGGCAUUUUCUGUCCACCUGUGUUAAUUGUUUUAAAUUAUACAUACACUAGAUCCUCCUUGUAUGUACGACAAUCUUAUCGUCAAGCAAUUUGAAAUCUUUUAGUUCCAAUCAUUUUCAUAUCUAUAGUAAUAUGUUUGGAAUUUUGAAUUCGAGUUAUGAGUGCGGAUUUGUAGUAAGUUUUAUUUUAAAAUAUCAUUUGUGUUAAACACUGUAUUGUGGUAUAUUUCAGAGGGUAACGGUGGCAUAUAUUUUGUCUUUUCUUGCCUUACCACGUAGCUUGAUUUUCCUUCAGGAUCUAGAUAUAUAACUGAAAACUGCGCGAUAUAACGGAUGAUAGAUUAAAGGUGUAUGCUACCUAAAUGAGAAAUGCAUUUCCUUUCCAAAGAGUCCCUUUCUGAGAUAUUCGUUUAAUAUCACUUAUGAAUGGUAAUUUAUUGAUAUGUUUUUAAAACAUUAAAGAGGUUUAUUUGAGACAGCUGUGACCUACAAAAAAUCAAAUGUUUAAUGUGUAAGGUAGCAGAAAUUAUUCAGCGUACAUAGUGUGUUGAUCUCCAUGUGUUGCCGAUAACAUUGGCGAACCUAUUUAAAAUUAUUGUUAUCUAUCUUCAUAUGAUUUAUUGUUCAGAUGUGAUUAAUUUGUGGUUUACACUAAAUACGUGAAAAUGUGAUGACUAUGUUAUCAAUAUAAUAUACACUAUAUACUGGUUUUCUUACCCAUAGUGUGAACUCUCCAACACCUUGAAUUGGGAGAGUCUAAAUACUGUAGUGUGUACGGGCAGGGUGAAAGCCGUCUGUUUUGCUCAUCACGUGUUUGAACAUAUUAGGAAUAUAUAUAUAUAUAUAUAUAUAUAUACGUGUCCAUAAUGUGUAAAUAUAACCCAUUCCUUUAAAAUUCAAAGUUUGCAUGACCUAGAACAUCUAUUGUUUUCCUGGAGAUUCUUCUUAAUGAUAAGAUUAAAUAUUCCUUUUAUAUAUAAAUAGCAUACUUUAUUUACAUACAGAAUAUGUUUUGUAUGAUUGUUAUUAAUCAUUUAUGACUCAUGAUAUGAGCUUGAUUAAUAUGUGUGUUUAAUGAUUGAAAAUCGUAACGUUGUGUGCGUUAGAACUUACUGUUUGAACAAUGACCGGUUACUUCAGUUAUUCCUGAUAUGCAUUUUUACCUCUUCAAUCGUAAGUUGGAACGAAUGACAGGUGCAAGCGUGUGCUGCUGGUUAGAUGGAAGCAUGGAUGACCGGAUGUUCCACCUGUACCCGCACAAAUAUGUGAUGGGUCAAUUUAUAUUGUUAUAUUUGUAAUUCAGUUUGUGCAUCCACAAACAAUGGGAGUUGAGGAGAGAAAAAUCAUUCCAAUAGUAUUGUCAUUGUUCACAAUCUUGUAUCAAUGUGUGAAAAUAUUCAGAGAUAACUUCUCUUGAUCAUAUCUAUUCUGAUUGGUUAAAAACUGUAAUGUGAUCAUCUCAGAUUGAGGCUAAUUCAAACAAGUGUUUAGUCAUGUCGACGAAGUCGAUUAUUCUUGAUCUAAAAUUACCCUAACUGGUUUCUAUAAUGUCUUGAGUACUUACAGAAUACUGGAAUAAAUAUAUUAAGGUAAUUCUUUGGAAAUGUUUGUUAUAACAUAUUGAUGAUAUUAAGUUAUUUUGUUCAUAACAAUUCAAAUUUCUAAAUAUAUAACUGUUAUUAAAUGUUGAUAUUAUUUGUUAUUGUUUAGAGGUUUAAUUGUUCAUCAUUUCCUCGAAUGUUAGCUGAUUACCAUAUUACUUUGGUAUUCACAAACAGAACGCUGUUAUUGAAUAUUCAUGAGCACAGAUAAUAACAAAGAUACACUUAUUAUCAAUUUUCUGUUUAGAUGUGUAAAUACUCACUGUUGCUUUGUUCCUGGAUCCAUCCUUGUGAUAUAGGACCCCGUAUCAAUUCAAUUUUACGAGUCCUUGUAUCCUUGUCAUUGAUACGGUUCCCUGUAUUCAUGCUGAUGAUACGGUUCCCUGUAUUCAGGCUGAUGAUACGGUUCCCUGUAUUCAGGCUGAUGAUACGGUUCCCUGUAUUCAUGCUAAUGAUACGGUUCCCUGUAUUCAUGCUGAUGAUACGGUUCCCUGUAUUCAUGCUGAUGAUACGGAUCCCUGUAUUCAUGCUGAUGAUACGGUUCCCUGCGUUCAUUGUAUUUAUCAUGGAACUUGAUGCUACAUGUAUUCAAAUAUUUGUUCUCGUUUUGUCUGAGGUGAAAUUUGUAUAAAAUACACCAAAUAAAUAGGUAGACUGUAGUUAGGCACUUUUAAUAUAAAACCUGUGAGAGGCUUACCCGACUAUAAGUGGUGAUUUUGCCUUCAACCGUACCAUUGAUGAGAAAGACUACCAACCCUUAGCCUUAAUAGGCUUGUGGGCACUGUUCUAUUAUAAGGUGUUGACCCAGUUACCAGUAAGCAUUUAUGCUACACCAUGUAAAUAAAUCUUGUCGAAGUGCCUGAGGAUAUCGUUGAGAUCAACAAACUCCAUCAAUGGUCAUUUUAUUUAUGAUAGUAACCAUCUUUUUACUGUGGAGCUAGGUUAUGAAUUAGGCAAUAGAGAGACUACGGUACGAUGCUGUAGUGGUAUUGAAACGUUUAGGUAUGGUCAUUCUCUCCAUCCCAUUCCUUCAUUUAAGUGUACCAGGGACCAAGCGGGGAUUAUUGCCUAAUUCUUAUUAAAAAUACAUUUUUCAUAUUUUUCUACCAGUCUCAUAAUGCAGAAACUUUAAUGUACGGUAGUUGUAAUUGUAGAUCCUAUUCAGAUAUCAAUAUAUAUAUAUACAUGUGCAUUUCUCAUCCGUUUUGCUUUAUAUUUCCUCUCUAUGUUCACCUUAUUAUGUCAUGACAAAAAAUCUAAUUGUAAUCAUUAUUGGUCAAACAGCAAAACAUAAUGCGAUGUUAUUGAAGCACUGUGUUCUAUAAGUUUUUUUUUAUUGAUAUUUCUAUCAGUGUUAUGCGUGUUUUUCCCUCAAUUAUCUCGAUAGAACUUUCAGUUUACUAAUAGUAGAUGUAAAGAUUUUACAAGGAACCCGUUUUAGCAAGUUCGUUAAGAAAGAACACAUUCCUUUAGAUAUGUAAACAAGUGAAAUAAAAUUAUGUUUCCUGUCAGAAAAGAAAGGCUUGAUAUAAGUUUAAACGUCACAUAAAACAAAGUUGAAAUCUUACGUAUUUUUUUCUUUAUUAUGAAAAAAAAUACUAAUUCCUCUUUGUGCAGUUGAACAGCCUAAAUUCAAUCCAUUAUUUUUACGCUUAUUUUCUCUUGUUUUUUCUUCUUCAAAAUUUCUAUGCAAACAUCCGUUUUCAUUGGAUAUUGUGUUUGCCAUGUGUAACGUUGUGUUGUUUGGAGGAUGACUGGAAUGACGUUUUUACAGGUAGAAUUGUAUAUAAAGAAUAUGACUGGAAGCUAGUAAAAUGUGUAUCUACAUGUGUUGAAUUGAAUAAGAAUACCAUAGCACAGGUUGAUUUGAUGGAUGGUUUGUAUAUUAAUUUCUGAGCUAUAUAUAUAUAUAUAUAUGGUGAAAACUGAGUUGUUUGGGGUGUAUUAAAUGCAAGUGUGUAAAUGUCAAUGACGUCAUCAUGCUGUCGCCAUCACUACUAUAACAUACUAGUUUGAAAUAUCUUAUAUAAAUCAUAAUUUUCAAAUACAGUUUUGAUAUUUUAGUCAACCACAUUUCUAUCGCUAGUUAUUGAAUCCACCAUUUUUAAAUAUCUUUAUUUGUUUUUUAGUUUAUUGUUCAAAAAAUAUUUAGAAGGACUAAAAAGUAUCAAAUUAAAGUCCUGUCAUUUGCAUUUGAAAUGUUUUCUGUACAGUGUCACGUACUUGCAUCAUUUCACCCGGAUAAUUUGUUUUAUUAUAAGUAAUUCUCGCUUCCCUUUUUCUUAUUCUAUUUCCGAAUUUAAAGUAUACUUGUAAAAUCAAGAUUAUUAGAAAGUUUUCCAACUUCACAAUUAAACGCUUUGUCAUGGUAUGCGAUAGGUGGGGACAUUAUUAAAAUCAUUAUUGGAACUUAUAUGGAAAGCCCAGAUUUAAAUUUUACGAAAAUAUUUUUCGUUUUUAUAUUUUAAUUAAUGUACCUUUUUUCUGUGAUAAGAGGUGAACUCGGUCAUAUUUUUUUUAUAUAUUAUCAGAAAUUAUAAGCUGUAGUGUUAAAUGCCAAAGAUUAAGUAAUGCUCAAUAGUAGGUGUCCUGUGAAAGAUAACUUGAAAAUGAUACUACCCUCGUUUUAAAUUCUUAUUAUCUACGAUAAAAUGCCAUUGCUAUUUAGAUUAGAAAUAGCUCUGUAUAGUAUGAAUGUUCUGAGUAAGACAAAGACUAAACAACCGAUGUAAGAUAUGUAUUAGGUAAAGAAUUUUGGUCUCGCAUCAGUCGUUUCGAAAGCAUCAGUCAAACACCGAUUAUGGUAAGAACUUGAUAGGUUGACACGAAGAUUCAAAUAUUAUCUAUGGAAGAAAUUACUUAACAGUGGUGAUUUUCAAGUAGCCCCGUGAAUAUUGUUAUGAAGUAAAUAAAUUUCAGAAACUAAACGAAUACUACUAAUAAUAGUAAAAAUAUUAACAAUAUACAACAUUUAUAUUGCGCCCUAUAUAAUUUGUGAAAUUAUUCUAAAACGCU